UCUUUUCAAAAAAAAAAUCAAUAAAUAAAUAAAUACUGUAGUAAUCUUCAUCAUCAUCAUCAGCAGCAGCAGCGCCAUAGCUAUGGCAACAAGCCUUCCAUGGCACCCACUCUUAUCUUCAAAAUCCACCCAAUUCCACCAUUCUUGCACCACCAAACUUUUCACACCACCACCACUUAAUAAUAAUAAUAAUAAUAAUAAUAAUUUCUCAAUACUUAGAGUACAGGCUUUCAGGCGAAGCGAUUUCGAUGUUUUCGCGAAACGAAUGGCGUCAGGUGAAGCAUUGAAAGAUGCUUGGCGAAGUGCGAAUAAUGGAUUUGAAGUUUUUAUUUAUGAAACCAAAAAAACUGCUGAACGUAUUGACCGGCAGUAUUCUGUUGGUCAGAAGAUUUCUUCUGUUGCCCAGUCAGCAUCUGACCGGGCUAGAGAACUUGACCGUGAUUAUUUGAUUACUCAACGUUGGCGGAAUUUUAGUCUCGAUUUUAGUCGAAAUUGGCCUAGGUAUAGGAAGCAAUUUAGUGACUUUUUGGAUACUCCAUUAGGAAGAAGUUUUGGGACCAUCUUCUUUCUAUGGUUUGCUCUUUCUGGAUGGCUAUUCAGGAUUCUGAUCUUCGCAACAUGGGUACUACCAUUUGCUGGGCCUCUACUUAUUGGUGCCGUUGCCAAUAAUUUGGUCAUUAAGGGUGCUUGUCCUGCUUGCAAGAGGCAGUUUGUUGGAUACAAAAACCAGAUGGUGCGGUGUGCCGGCUGUGGAAACACUGUCUGGCAGCCAAAAGGAGGAGACUUCUUUUCAAAAGGUGGUAACCGUCCUUCAUCCUCAUCAAAAUCUGAUCCAAAUAUAAUAGAUGUCGAGUUUGAAGAGAAAUGAAGAGUUGCCCCAUAAUUACUAGUAAAUCACCAGUUACAGUCUGUUUAUACAAAGUGGAGUUUGUACUGUAGCAAAUAGAUCUGAGGAUUACACUGUUUAUACACUACUUUGUAUCAUUUAGCACAUGUAGGUGUGUUCGAUAUCAUUAAACUGUAUGCAACUUUAGUUUUUCUUCAUCGAAUCCAAAAGUUUUUGCCGCC